GCCCACGUGCUGACUGCGUAUUGCAUUUAGACUGAUGUCCGGGAAGUAAACAUUUCGCCUAUACCGUGUGAGCCAUGGACCGCGUAGGAUCAGACACAGAAACUGAUGACUAUGAGCAGCCUUUGCUUCAUCGGAAUAGGGACGAUGGUGUAAAGAGAGCUCCUGUGCUAUGCUCUUCACGCUAUGGCCUUGCCUUAAUGUCGUGCUAUGGCUUCUUUGUGGCGUACGCACUGCGUGUGAAUCUCAGUGUGGCCAUGGUGGAUAUGCUGAGAAACAGUAGCAUCAGUACUAAUGCCAGUGGCUCUGUGUGCCCGAGGCAUACCAGCCCAGCGCGACCCAGACACAACCACACAGCCAGUGUGUACGACUGGGACUCAGAGACUCAGGGCUGGAUCCUGGGCUCCUUCUUUUACGGCUACAUCUUCACUCAGAUACCAGGUGGCUAUAUGGCACGUAAAUAUGGUGCCAAGUGGCUGCUGGGCAUCGGCAUUCUAGGAACUGUGAUCUUUACUCUGCUAACGCCUGUGGCUGCAGACCUGGGAGCUGGUUAUCUCAUAGCAGUCAGGGUGCUGGAGGGCAUAGGGGAGGGAGUGACAUUUCCUGCUAUGCAUGCUAUGUGGGCAUCCUGGGCUCCACCCUUGGAGAGAAGUCGACUGCUUACUAUCUCUUAUGCAGGUGCCCAGCUUGGCACUGUAGUAGCCCUUCCCGUGUCUGGUCAGAUAUGUUUUUACCUGGAUUGGACAUACGUCUUCUAUAUAUUUGGAGCUAUUGGGCUACUCUGGUUUUUCUUGUGGGUUUUUCUGGUCAGUAAUAGUCCUGACACGCACAGAAGGAUAUCAGAGAUUGAGAAGACAUACAUAAAAGCUUCAUUAAAAAAAGAGCUGUCUCCCACUUCAGCCUACAUCCCCUGGAUGUCCAUUUUCACAUCUGCUCCACUAUGGGCCAUAGUUGUUGCUCACUUUUCAUACAACUGGACAUUUUACACACUGCUGACUCUCUUACCCACCUACAUGAAUGAUAUUCUGGGCUUCAGCAUUAAGGAGAACGGGAUGCUCUCUGCCCUGCCCUACUUGGGUUGUUGGCUUCUGUCUAUGGGAGGAGGCCAGUUAGCAGACUACCUAAGAGAGACCUGGCUUUUCCGCACAGUGACUGUGCGCAAGGCCUUCACUAUAGUAGGCAUGGUGGGACCAGCUGUAUUUCUGGUGGCAGCAGGAUACACUAACUGCAACUACAUUCUGGCUGUUGUUUUUCUCACUGUCUCCUCAAGUCUGGGAGGCUUUUCAGCAUCUGGCUUUAACAUCAAUCAUCUUGACAUUGCGCCAUCAUAUGCUGGAAUCUUGCUAGGAAUCACAAACACAUUUGCAACUAUCCCCGGCAUGGUGGGUCCUGUGAUAGCAAGAUCACUGACCAAAUCUAACGCUAUUUCGGACUGGCAAACAGUAUUUUAUAUCUCAGCUGGGAUAAAUCUCUUCGGUGCUAUCUUCUACACAUUGUUUGGAAAAGGUACAGUACAACCUUGGGCAGUCCAGAGAGUAAACAUAGAAUAGAAAGUCUUUGAAAGGACUGAAUGGACACUACGGCAUUAAGAAUUCAGGGGAUGGAUUCAGAUGACUCUGCUUGAAGAUUCGAGCACAGCUGAUUAGAUUAUACUGUUUUUGGUAAACAUAUGGCUAAAUGUUUUUGAUAUCAUUAUAAAUGGAUGCUUUGGUGAUUUUCGUUCUCUCACUUCCAUGUCGUUUUUAAGCAUUUUGUGUAAUGUAGGGGCCCAGUAUUUUUACAGGACACAUGUCUUUAGUCAGUGUACAUCUUAGACAGCGGACAUUUUAAUUCAGUGACUAUAGUUUGCUUUCAGUUCAUUUGAACUGCUCAGCAAAUUUCAGAUUGUUUAGGGUUUAGUGAGGCACAGAUGAUGUACGUCAGCCAUUCAACAGCUUCAAAGUUAUUAAAAAUGUGAACUGCAACAAGUGCUAAUACAGCCCUCUUGGGUUAAAAAUAUCUCUAAAAAUUUCCUUCUGUGAAUGUUUCCAAUAGAAGGAGGAGCAGUCGGGACAGUUAGUUAAUGACAGCGCUGGCUGAAUAUUUUAAACUAGCUUAAUCUGGCAACCUCAAGAUCUUGUUUUAUAGUACAUAAUUGGAAUUGAAUCUAAUGAAGCACAGACACUGUGUCUCUGAUGUACAGAACCAUUUCUCUUUUAAAAUAUAUUGCACAGAUUGGGAUAGGGAAAAGGGAGGAAUGGUCUGGAUAAUAUGGUAUAAAACACCAUGGUGACUUUGCUGUGUGAUGGCAUGCUGAACAACUGCAUGUUGUUAACUCAACUGCCUUGUACAGGGAUUCACCCGAUUGUAGCCUAUAAAACUGGUAAAAUAGGAUAGCCCUUUGACUAUAUUUUGUUUGAAACUGUGUUGUUAAUCAUGCUGUCCUGCGCCACCAAAGUCUAUGGUCACAAGUUUUUCUACUAUUUUUAGACUCUACAUUAAAAUGGUCAUUUACUAUUCCAUCUAGGAACAGGAAGUGAACUGAGCUGGACUUUAGCUGUAGCUUAAAUUAACUUGAAGAUGCAGACGUGUCAACAUCUUAGUUUAUCUGAAGCAUUUAAAAUUUAUGACCUCCUGGUGAAACAGGAGAUACCUGAAAACUACACUGUUUUAUUUUUCAGUUAAAAUAAUGCAGAAAUAAAAUCUACCUGUCAGAUAAGUCAUUUUACUGUACAGGCAAGGUCUUGGUACAUCACAGACUUUCAUAUGCUGCUGGUAGUGGUUUUUCCUGUGUGCUGACUUGAUCUAGGUGAAUUUUGACCAAUAAAAUCACAAUACCUGUUUUUUUUGCUGCUUAUUUUUUAAGUAUGGGUUUAGAAUCUGUAGAAGGAAAUUCCUCUCUAGCCAUGGGUCUUAUAUCCGCAGUUCCUGAUUACGUUUUUUUGUACUCUACAUGCAAUUUUCAAUUUUUCUACUUGAAAAGAAUUACUGUUGAUUCUAAUCAUUUUGAAGAUAAAUAUAAUUGUGAAUUUAUUUUGUUUUUGCCUUUUAUGUAAAUCGUAUGGAAAUGUCUGAAAAUCACCCGGAUCAAAUCGAGUCACUUUUUCUCUGUUAAAAACUAAAAGCUUUCUAUAAAGCAAAUGUAACCCCUACAUAACUGUCUCUUUUUUGGUAUUGUGCCUUACUUUUAUGGUAAGCCCAUAAAAUGAUUUUAUUAUAAAACACAGACCCACAAUCUCUGAGAUUUUAUCUUGCUUUACUUUUUGUCUGUUUACACGAUAUGAAGCUAUAAACGGAAGUGGGUAUAUUUGGUUGCUAGUUUUUGUAUUUUUGCAUUAUAUAUUUUAGCUCAUUAUUACGUUGUUUACUUAAGACAUAAAGUCCGAUAUCUCAGGAAUGGAGACAGUGGAAAGAAAUGGAGAAGAAUGAAGGAAUUGUAAGAAUGAUACCUUAUGUGAAAAGAAGACUUGUCCCCAUGCCGUUUGCUACAUAGCUGAAGUAAUGUGUAAGCCAUGUCUAUUCAACAGUAAGAAGUCUUGUAUUCGCUUAAUUUCCCCUGACCAUAACUAAUCAUGUUCAUUCAAAGUAAUUAAAGUGCAUAAAUCAGUCA